CGUCGUGCGCAGCCGCCAUGGCAGCUGAGGAGAAGGAUCCUUUGAGCUAUUUUGCGGCAUACGGGAGCAGCAGCUCAGACUCCUCGGGCGAGGAGGAUAACAGCGAGCCGGAGGAAACGAGUCCGAAGGGCCCGGAUCUGGCGAAGUCGGCGGGCGGCUGUGGGAACAAGGCAGAGAAUCGACUGCCCGGACCCGAUGAGCUGUUCCGGAGCGUGACUCGCCCAGCCUUUCUCUAUAAUCCGCUCAACAAGCAGAUAGACUGGGAGAGGCACGUCGUCAAAGCGCCUGAGGAGCCUCCAAAGGAAUUCAAAAUAUGGAAGUCAAACUAUGUGCCACCUCCAGAGACCUACACUACUGAGAAGAAACCUCCGCCUCCAGAGCUGGAUAUGGCAAUAAAAUGGUCGAACAUAUAUGAGGACAAUGGUGAUGAUGCCCCACAGAAUGCUAAGAAAGCUAGGCUUCUGCCAGAAGGGGAGGAGACAUUAGAAUCAGAUGAUGAAAAAGAUGAGCAUACUUCAAAAAAGCGCAAAGUAGAACCGGGAGAACAAGCAAAGAAGAAAAAGUAAAACAACCACAAGUGACAAGAAUUUUUGGACUGCUAAACUUGUUGAAAUGUGUCUUUGGGCAGAUUAAUUUGAUGUUGUGGGUUAUUAUGACAAAACAUCUCUGUGAAAGUACAUAUGUUAAUGAACUAAUAAGUAUUGCUUCAAGAACUUUCCACUGUAGAAUUCAUUUUUAAUUUAAAACUUGUAUGUAUUUAAAAUUCAAAUGGUGAUCUGUGAUUGUGAAAUUAACAGUACUUGGAAGCAUUCUUGUUAUCACAUAAUUGGUGACAUGCUUUGAGAGUUCUGUCACAUAUUGACAUGGAAAUGUUCUAUGAACCUUUUAUAAAGGAAUAUAUUUUUAAAGUGAAUAUAUUGUAAUGUACUGUGAACUUGUAGGGUGCUUUUCAUCAGUGUUUGUACAGUGUAAAUAGAUCAUGGAAAUAAAAUUACUUAUUCAAUAUUACUCUUACUGCAUAAUAUCAACAUUUGAAUAUUUGUGACAAGUACCUUCCUUGUGACAAGGAGGAAUUACCAUUGGGGGAGUGCCUCAUGUUCCAGGUGCUUUGUAUAUAUGUUAUCUCUAAUCCUCAAGCAGCUUUGUAAGAAAAGUACUAGURUCCCGUUUUAUAAUAAAGAGAGCUUGAGUAACGUGUC